UAAACAAAAUAUCGCGGGAAAUUUUCGAGACAUCCACAAUGGGUGUUGUACAAGACGAAGAACUUCAAGAAGAGUUUGAUGUUUUUGGUAUCAAUUUAAAUGAGCAACUGAUCGAUAAAUUGAAAGAGCUUUGCAUUACUUAUAACUUGGAUGCAGAUAGAGUUGCUGAUGAAUGGCUGGCCUUUUCCAAAGCUAGGAAAGAUAUUCCAAUAUCUCUGGAAAACUUGGAUUUAUUUGACCGAGAGAAACUUGCUAAGAAAACACAAAGAACGCCACAGACUCCAUUGAACAAGAGGACCCAGCAGAAAGUUUAUAACAUCAAUAAUGUAUCAGAAGGGGUGGACAUCAGUGAUGCAGAGAAUUUAUACAAUACCUACGGAGGUACUCCUUCAUCAAAGGGAACAGCAGCACAGAAGAGGCAGCUUACUCCAGACAACCCAACUAUCAAGCGGUUUCAGAACAGCACCAGAAGCCCCGCAGUGCCUUUCUCUCCUGCAAGUUUUUCUCCUGUGGGGGCAACACCGUCCAAGAAGUACAACUCGAGGACAAACGCUGGUGAUGUCAUAGCCUCCAUUGGGAAUGUGGACAAUGCCAAGUGGAGCGGCAGUGGAAACAAAUGCACCAUCAAACUUCAUGAUCCGAUGGAAAACAUGUCCCCAGAGGAGAAGGACAGCAUGAAGGACCUCUGCCAGAACUUCAAGUACAUGUUCCAGAAACUGACUGACAAAGCCGCAGUAUUGAAUGAAAUGAUUGAUGAAAUGGCGACACAACUUCAGGAGAAACACAGCAUUGAAGAGUUUUCUCAUGUUGCUCUGCCAGUUCAGGAAGAAGUUACACUGGUGGGAAGGAUUUGCUGUGACAGUCUGGGCAAGAUGAACGCCAAGUCUGUGAUCCUGGAGGGGUCACGGGACACCUCUGCCGGUCGCUCCGUCCCUCUGGACCUGAGUGAUCUCAAGCAGUACUCUCUGUUCCCUGGGCAGAUUGUGGCAAUGGAUGGAAUAAAUACCUCUGGACAGAAAUUUGUUGUGAAAAAAUUGUAUGAGGGUGUGGUGCAAUCAUUACCUUCUUGUUCCAAUGAUAAAGAUCAAAUAAGUUCCAAUGAUAUGACUUUGUUAAUUGCUGCUGGCCCGUUCUCAACAUCAGACAACUUGUCAUUUGAGCCACUGGCAGACCUAGUGAAGUACAUCAGGAAAGACAAGCCAGACGUGGUCAUAUUGAUGGGGCCAUUUGUGGAUCUGAAAAAUGAUCUCAUUGAGAAUGGCAAAGGUAUUAGCCCACUUGAUGACAUCUUCAAAACCAAACUCAAGGAAAUCAGCGAUGUGGCUUCAAAUGACUGCCAGGUGAUUGUGUUGCCCUCCUAUCGGGACGUCCAUCAUGACUACGUGUAUCCCCAGCCUCCAUUCUUCCAUCAAUCCCAGAAUUCUCGGAUGAAAGCAAAAAUGGAUUAUCCGAAUGUUCAUUUCAUGCCAGACCCAUGUGUAGUAGACAUCAACAAUGUGAUAUUUGGACUUACUUCAUCGGACGUCAUGUUUCAACUGGGAGCAGAGGAAAUUUCCUUUAACCCUCCUGGUGCCUCCGACAGAAUGGCCAGACUUGCAGAACAUUUGUUAACUCAGCAGAAUUUUUACCCCCUCUAUCCUUCACCGGAAGAUGUCAACAUAGAUUACGAGGUCUUUGAAUAUUAUGCCCGCAUGCCCUGCACUCCCCAUGUCCUUGUGUUACCAUCAGACCUCAAACAGUUCACCAAGGACAUACAAGGGUGUUGCUGCAUCAAUCCAGGUCGUCUGGCCAGGGGACAGGCUGGGGGGACCUUCAGCAGAGUACAGGUCAGGAGCGGGGCCAUCGUAUCCCAGCAGUCCAUACUGUCUUCCAUCACAGCCCAAGUCUUACGAAUUUAGAGUGGAGAACAGUGGGAAAGGAGUCGAUAUCAAUAUCAAAUAUUUAUCAAAUUAUUUGAGUGAACUGAUAUUUACAAAAUAAAUGUGUCACUAUUAA